AUGAAGGUCAUCAAACCUGAGUCGACGCUGUAUUUGGACCGCGAACGUCUCACGCGCUGGGCGUACCUGGCCAUUGCCGCACUUACUCUGUACAUUGUGGAGCGUGCGAAGAAUAACAAGAUCCCGCGUGAGAACUUCUUCGGCAUGGCGAUCUCUCUGCUACCCUCAGAGCUAUCACACAAGAUGGCAGUCGUGCACACGUGUCUCGCAGGGUACCUGCUACAGAAGAAGAUGCCGAUCUUUUCGCACUGGAGCGGUGCUAUUGCAGGGCUGAUACAGUGUCUAGUAGCUGCGAACCUCGUCAAGUCGUUUCGACGAAAUCUUGCCUCGAAGGACUUCAUUCGUGACGCGCUCAUUGAUUCGGACAUUACACCGGAAAAGUUACAAGACGUGGGUCAAAUGACGCUGAAGCGAUGGAUCAGCGUCUUGUUGCCAUUGCCACAGCCCUUGGCUGUUUCACUGAGCUACUUUGGCGUGAAAAAAGUUCGCACAGUUGCUUACGCACAUGUUGGCAAAACGAGAACCCAGAAAUUGCUCAUGGACGUGUACGAGCACCGAGACAAACCACCCGAUGCACCAAUUUUUCUCUAUAUCCAUGGAGGAGGCUGGAUCAUCGGUGAUCGCCGUAUUGCACCGUUCUCUUGUGUGUACCAGGUGGCCUCAUUGGGCUGGAUCGUGUGCGUCAUCGACUAUCGGCUAUCCCCCAAAGUGGCCUUCCCCACUCACUUGAUCGACUCGAAGCGUGCUGUUGCGUACUUACGCCAAAACGCACGCGCAGAAUUCAAUGCCAACCCAGAAUUUAUUGCUGUAGGCGGUGAGUCUGCCGGUGGCCACUUGGCAAGCUUGUUAGGACUCACGGCGGAUGACAAGUCGUUGCAACCCGGUUUCGAAGACGUCGACACGAGUGUACGCGCAGUUGUCGACAACUACGGCGUCCACGACUGGACUGAUCGACAUGGCAUCUACCACUCUCGUAACAAAAGUGACGCUCUUGUUCACUAUAUCGAGUUUUUCGUGAUGCAAAAGAAGCUCAAGAGCAACAAGGAGGACUUUGAGCGCGCAUCACCCAUUUCUUACUUGUCCGACGAAAGCGCCGCCUGUCGUCGAGAUGUUGUACCGCCUUUUCUGGUCACGCACGGCACCCACGAUAACACCGUCUUGUUCCAGGACUCGCGGCUGUUCUUUGAUCGCUUGGUCCGCUACCGCCAACAUCUUCCUCCGGCCAUUCGAGCAUACCAAGAUAAACAACUCGGUGGCGUGCUAGAUAUCUUCAUCAAGGUGCCCUUUGCGGGUCACAUGUUCAACUUCCUCCUCUCUCCUCGAGCGCUCGCGCAUGGUGACGCUGUUUGCGCCUUCCUUGACAACGUGUUCAAAAAGACCAGGGAUGUGCCACUAGAAGCUCGACUGUUUCCUAGCCACGUCGAGGAAAAUACUGUCGUUUCGUUGGAUGAGGAGGAGGCACUGUCUGCGGUUGCAUUGUCAAGGUUGUAG